AUGGUAACAGCCGAUGCGCGUACUGAGGAUUUGGCCACGCUUGCUGAUAUGGUCGUGAAGGGUGUCGUCAAGGUCCCUAUACAGGAGAUAUUGCCCUUCAAUGAGGAGGGCUGUAGGAAGGCCUUUGAUCUGCAGAAGAGUCGUCGUGUUCGAGGAAAAGUUGUCAUUGAUCUGAACAAGUCGUAA